GCGUUUUUCGAGUCAACGGCAUAUUUAGAUAUACAAUUCAGCUGAGCUCACUCCAAACACUACUAUAUUGUCUCAAAAUCCUGUCUAGGGAGUCAGCUCACUAGUUUUUGAAACACAGUCAACUUCGGGAACCGGUCCGUCCGCAAAAGCGUCCUUCCGAGGAGUGAUUCGACUGGCGCAAAUUCAUCUCAGAUUCAUAUAGCGUCCAGCUCGACGUCCCGACGCGCCAACCGAGAGCUGCAGCCGUCGUGAUUUAGUAUCCUUUAAACGACUGAAGGCGACCGAGCGCCGCUGGAAGGUUUAUUGGGGUUUGAGCAGCGCUAUGGCGGAGGUACAAGGUAACGUUACAUCGAGUGAGACGAUAACGGAGACCGUUCAGACGGGCACGCCGCCUCCACCGCAGCAGGAGGGCAGAAGCCUGACCAUCAAGCUCAGGAAAAGGAAGACGGAGAAGAAAGUGGAGUGGUCCAGUGACACGGUGGACAAUGAACAUCUGGGCCGGAGGUCUUCAAAGUGUUGCUGUGUUUAUGAGAAGCCUCGACAGUUCGGCGAGUCUUCCUCGGAAAGCGAGGGGGAUGACGAGGAAGGCUGCGGAAGCGCGCACUGCAUUCUGGGACACGGGAGAAGAGGCCAUGGACAGAGGGAGGGUGGAGGGGGCACAGCGCCCCCUAGCUCUGGGGGAAAGAACCCUCACUAGAAGUUGAGGCGAGUGGGAGAGUCGGUUUGGAGGGAAGGGUAACGGACGACGUGGGCACUACAUUCAUAAUCCCUCAUCCUCACUCACAUCUGAUUACAUCACACCAUCACUGGGUGUCAAAAGCUUUUUGAUGAAUGAAAGCUUGUAGAGCAAUGCAAUGUGAUUUAGUUUUCUCCUCAGUCAUUUGUUUAAUGACUCAAAGAAGACUAAACCUUUUUUGCGAUCUGAAUGCUGUGGAAAAUUGAUAUUUGUUGUACAUAGGACAUUGGUUUUUAUUCCUUUUGUAAAAUCGAUAUUUAUUUGUUUGCGUUUAACCACUUGAUCUUACCAGUUUUGUGUCCACAAGCAACAUUUUAAUGGAUUUAAACCUUCAAAUAUGAUUCAGCAGGGUUAUAGCUUCUAGUUCAUAUCAAACGGAUUUAAAAGGACUAAAUGCAGUAUAAAAAAAUGAAUUUUCUAUCAAAUAUAAUUUGCCUUGCGGUGUCACAAUUCUAGCAGCAGUAUUUCUUCAUAUCACUUGAGGAACUUCAAGCGUAGUAUGUGUUGUGUGCUAUAGUGAAUUUAAAACAUGGCAGGUUUCAGGAACUCAACCCUUUGGAUAUUUUCACAAGGGAAAAUAUAAAUCAUCUCCAUCAGCCGUCAAUGUUUGAUUGAGUUGUAGCGAGACUCCCCUCAGACAAUCAGACUAGUCAGAGACUCGGCAUGUACGUGCAAAGACAUCGAUGUGUUUAUAACUUGAAGUGGACUGAGAAAAAUCUGUGAUGCUGUACUUCAUUCCUAAUGCGAAUUGAGAACGCCACCUGGAUCUUUACCGAAAUUAAACCGCAGCUAUGAAAUUAAAGAAAUAGUUCAACCAAAUAUGAAUAUUUGCUGAAAAUGUACUCCGGCCAUCAAGAUGUUAAUGAAUUUGUUUAUUCGUAGGAACAGAUUUGAAAAAAUUUAGUAUUACAUCACUUGCUCACCAGUGUAUCUUCUGCAGUGAAUGGGUGCCGUCAGAGUGAGAGUCCAAACAGCUGAUAAAAACAUCACAAUAAUCCACAAGUAACCCACACGGCUCCAGACUAUCAAUUAACGUCUAGUGAAGUGUUUGUACUAAACAAAUCCAUCAAGACUUUUUUU